AUGGACCUGUUCUCCGACGACAACGAGGUCGAGAGGGCUGAGCGCAAGGAUAUCCUCAGUCAGCUCGAUACCAUUGUGCAAGGUGCACAAUUCUCACAAUCACUCUGGGCAUGCCUCCAAGUGGCCGAUCUUAGCCAGCUACGGACGAUCUUGACCGAGGUUAGAGAAGCGUAUUAUCCACUAGCAACUCUAACGGGCUUUGGUGCUUUGAUAGACGAAAGCCAAUUAAUUCCUCACUGGAAACAACUCGUGCGUGACGCCAGCAGAACCAGUUCAACAGCCGCAACUCCCUCCAAACCCGGUACUCCAGUCCAAUUAGUGUCUGGGCCCCAAGGUGUGUCCGGGUCUCCUUCUACUCAAACGUCAGGCGAUCGCAAGAGACGCCGGAUUUUGUUCCAAACGAGAGAUAAACGACAACGUGAUCUUUGCCUACAACGAGACCAGAGAAAAUGCGUCAUCACGGGAUCUGGCGAGCCUGUUGAGGUUGCUCAUAUUUUCCCUUUUGCUAUGCGGGACUUACAAACCCCAGAACAAAGAUCAGAAUCUUCCAACUUCUGGAAUAUCUUAAAGAUCUUCUGGACUGAGGAAAAGGUUGAACGAUGGUUCAAUGCAAUUCGAGCUACUACUGAAACUCUAAGGAAUCUCUUUUGUCUUUCUCCAAAUGCGCAUGCCUAUCAGGGAAAGAUUUACUUUGCUCUCAAACAUAUCAUCAGCAACGAGAACAAUAGUAGCCGUACUGUUAAGUUUAUAUGGCUACCUCACUUUGAAAAUUAUCGUUCACUUCGAUUGUCCACAGAGCCUUCCGUGACACCUGUUACAACUUUUAGGCGGGAUGGUGUUGGUGGACGUGUAGGUCUAUUGGAUUUGUCGACUGGAUCAGCUAUUUCCAGUGGCCAUACAAUUGUCUGGGAAACUGAAGAUCCUGUCAACCUUCCACUCCCGGAUGUUGAUCUUCUGGAACUCCACUGGGUUUUACAGCGUGUUGCCGCCAUGGCUGGUGCCGCGGAGCCCCAAGAUGAAACGUAUGAAACGGAUGAUGAAGAUGGCUGCGGUGCCCUAGUCGAUGACAAUUCGGACGUAUCCGAUUUCCUCAUUCCUCAAAAAUACACCAUAUCUGCACCAACGUUUACGAAUAAACAGGCAAUGCUGUCGGAUCCUAGUCCAAUUGACGUCCAUAAUAUCUCUGAUAAGCGUCAGGUCCUCCUCAGCUCGUCAGACAAGUAAGAAUGUGAAAAUAAAGGGGAUUCCUGAAGAGGCCUUCUCGUUAUUGAAUGGUUUCUGGUUUGUGAGACUUGCUGCAGACUGAAUGCACUUCUUGUCAUGUGGUCGGUUUCCUAAUGUGUUGAUUCGGCUUCGUAUCGGUCAUAACAAUAUGGUUUUACUGUCAUUUUACUGUGGUUUUACGGGCCAUUGCACCCAAACACGUCACUCCUUUGUGUCUUUGUUUUUAAUGAGUGCACUUAUCUGCUGAUUUUUCAGUGGAGAAUUACCACGUUGAAUUAUCUUACUCAUGUAUAAUAUAGGUGUAGAAUUCGGGGUAAAUUCCUUGCUUUAUUAAGCCAAAGGAAUCCUCCGACCAUUGCACAAAAGAUCAGAGCUGCUAAUAGUUAUCCAUUCUAUUCUCAAUUGUGGUAAUAAAAAUCUGCUGUGAUCUUCACAACACCAAUCUG